AUGGCGAGUUUUAAUCUGUCGGGGAAUAUACCCUCUGAGAAUGACAUAUUGAUAAGCUUGUGUUUGGUCCGUAAAUUGAUGCGCGCCCGGCAUCAGCAGAAGGAUCGACGAAGAAACCUUUCAUCAUCGUCAUCAGGAUCAGACGCAUCAUCUUCCUCUUCGAGUUCAAGUGCCAGUUCCGCUUCACCUCGAUCAAGGUCACGCGCACGCCUGUCUCCACCACCGUUACAAGAGCCGUUAUGCAUUGAAGACGUGCCAAGAUAUGGAAUUGAAGAGGGCGUGCCUAUGGCGUCAACCAGCGCCGCUACCGCCACCGUGGACGUCGAAACUCGACCAACAGUGACUGCCGCUGUGGAUACACUGCCCACGACGAGUAAGGCAGGUAGUUUGCCUUCCGAGCCUAGCAUUGAACAGGAAUUGGACGAGGAUCUCCUUAAAAUAUUAGGGGUUGACCCGUCUCAACAGAGAUUAUACGGUAAAGAUAUACAACCAGACCUUGCGAUUCGGUUACAACACGUAGCUACAUCGGGGCUCAGUAAAGAAACCCGCAAGGAACUUACCGACAGAUAUUUGCUUCCUGGUAAUUGCACCCUCGUGGACGCUCCUGCGCUUAACCCAGAGAUUAAGGCUGCCAUACCCGAGGCGGUCUUCAAAAGAGACAAAGCGAUUGAACUUAAACAAAAACAGUUGUCUUCAGUGGCAUCCUGUCUAGGCGAAGCAAUAUCAACGCUCAUGUCGCAACCAAUAAGAGACACUGCUCUCAUUCAAACCUUAAUGGAUGGGUCUAAAUUAUUGUGCGAUGCUCAACAUGCAGAUUCCUUAACGCGUAGAAACUUUAUUCUAAAUAAUCUAAAAAAGGAACUCAAAGAUCAACUUGCAGCUACCAAGAUCGACAAACUGCUGUUUAGCGAGGAGUUGUCUAAUACUUUAAAAACAGCUAAGGCGAUUUCUCAAUCUAGUGCUGACAUGAAGCCACAGACAACCAAGAACCCUGUCAAAAGGUCUCAGAAACCAGUGAAGAAUUAUUUAAACUGGCGAGCUCCUCCUCCAAAUCAAGCCAGGCCGAGGGGGAGCCAGAGGACAAAGGAGCCUGUCAAGAAUCGCCAAGAAAACUCCUCAAAGCGGUCGUCGAAUCCAGCGUCAACUCGCAGUCGCCGCCGCUAGACACGGUAAAGUACGCAGGUCGGUUAUUGAACUUUAGUCGACAGUGGGCACUUAUAACCCAAGAUCAUAACAUUUUGUCAUGGGUUUUUGAAGGAUAUAAAAUUCCAUUUUCGCGACGUGUAACACAAUCUCCUUGUACCGGAGACAAAAAAUACUCACCAACCGAAAGAAGUCAAUUCAAAAGUGCUAUUAAUGAUUUACUUUCAAUAGGGGCUGUAUCUGUAUGUGAACCCUGCGAGGGUCAAUUCUUAUCGUCUAUAUUUUUGGUACCUAAACCUAAUGGCAAAUCGAGAUUAAUUUUAAACUUAAAACUUUUAAAUAAAUUUAUAGACACAAGCCACUUCAAACUUGAAGACCUUCGAACAGCUCUGAAACUCUUAUCAAAGGAUUGUUUCAUGAGCACGAUUGACUUAAAAGACGCAUAUUUUUUAAUACCCGUCCACAACGAAUACAAAAAAUACCUUC